CCUGAUGGAACUGAUCGCUUUGCUCCUGGUGCUCCUCGUCGUGGCCGCCGCCUACUCGGCAUCGGCGGCGGCCUCCCAUCGCCGGCGCUCGCGGUGCUUCCUCCUCGACUACGUCUGCUACAAGCCGCCGGACGACCUCAAGUUCCCCACGGAGACGAUGCGCGCGCUUCUGGACCGCAGCGAGCGCCUCGACGGCCCCGCGCGCCGCUUCCUCCUCCGCGUCGUCGUCCGCUCCGGGCUCGGCGAGCACACCUACGCCCCGCGCACCCUCGUCGCCGGCCGCGCGGACGGCAGAGCCACCCACCAGGACUGCCUCGACGAGAUGGACCCCUUCUUCCACGGCGCCGUCGAGGAGCUCUUCGCCCGGACGCCGGGGCUCGGCCCCCGCGACGUCGACGUGCUGGUCGUCAACGUCAGCACGUUCCACCCGGCGCCGUCGCUCGCGUCGCGGAUCGCGCGCGCGCACGGCAUGCGCGACGACGUCGCGGCGUACAACCUCUCCGGGAUGGGUUGCGGAGCCGUGCUCGUCGCCGUGGACCUCGCCCGGAACGCCCUGCGCGCGCGGUCAACGCGGCCGGCGCUGGCGCUGGUGGUCUCCGCGGAGUGCAUCGUGCCCAACUGGUAUGUGGGCAACGACAGGUCCAUGAUGCUGGGCAGCUGCCUCUUCCGCUGCGGCGGCGCGGCCGUGCUGCUCGCCAACGACCCGGCGCUCCGCGGGCGGCGCGCCAAGAUGGAGCUGCGCCUCGUGGAGCGCGCCACCGUCGCCGCCGACGACGACGCGCACGGGGCCAUCGUCCAGCGCGAGGACGAUGAGGGCCGCGUCGGGAUCAGCCUCAGCAGGUCCCUCCCGAAGGUCGCCGUCGCCGCCUUCGCCGCGAACAUGAGGCGCCUCGUGCCGCGCGUCCUCCCCGCCACGGAGCUCGUCCGGUUCGCCGCCGCCGUGGCAUGUCGAAAGUUGCUGCGCCGCCGCGGGGGCGGCGCAGCUACCGGUAGCAAGAUCAACUUCAAGGCCGGCGCCGACCACUUCUGCCUCCACCCCGGCGGCGUUGCGGUGAUCGACGCGGUGAAGCGGAGCAUGGGGCUGGAGGAGCGCGACGUGGAGCCGUCGAGGAUGACGCUGCACCGGUGGGGGAACACGUCGGCGAGCAGCGUGUGGUACGUGCUGUCGUACAUGGAGGCGAAGGGGUGGCUCAAGGUCGGGGACAGGGUGCUCAUGGUGGCGUUCGGGUCGGGGUUCAAGUGCAACAGCUGCGUGUGGGAGGUGACCGGCGACAUGGCCGACAAGGGCGCAUGGGCCCACUGCAUCGACAGCUACCCACCGGAGAGGCUGGCCAACCCGUACAUGGAGAAGUACGGCUACAUCAACGGAGGACAAGGCGACGGUGCGCUGCUGGUUCAAAUGCCUGAGCACUUGGACCGCGACGGCCCAAAAAAAAAAGCCGUUUUGACUUUGAAUCUGCCUGCCUAUAUAUCGUGUGUAGAAGUGGGCUAGAGCCCAUCAAAAUGAAUAGGAAAAGUGAGAUUGGGCCAAGAA